AUGCUUCCGAUGUUUUUUCUUUCCGAAGCUCACGCCUUGAUCGUAUGGCAUUAUCUGGCAACCCUGACUGCGGCGCGGCCAAGAGAACCUUGCAGCAAGAAGCACGUCAUGUCCAGGUCGCACCUACCGCGCGGUGGACAAAAAUACCCUGGCUCGAUGUCGGCCGUCUCUUUCCGCCCGCUUAAGCGUCUGCCUGCGGGCAGCGCUUCGCAACGGAAUCCCCAUGGUGGAUGAUGCGUCGGCCACCUUCGUUCAACGAGGUCUGCGCGCAAAAGUCCUUCGAACGUCUAACAACGCUCCACGACACACUGCGACAUGAUCUGGCAUCGACCGCUGCUCCGUGUCGACUCGUGCCAUUCUUCGCGACGACAACUGCCAACAAGCCGUGGCGCGUACCGCCUUGAUCCAGCCUUGUUGGUCCCCGGUUAAAACCAAGACUCAGUUUGGCAUCGUCGACGGGUGCAGAAUCAAGAGGGCGCUUGCGCCUUUGAACCCCUUGGCACGGACCAUCAACGGCUCAAACCCGUAUGCGCCAAGGCUUCACAGCAAGGCCGACCUGUUGCCGCCACAGCCGGGCGGCACCCAUCGCGCUCUGUGUAUUAUCGUGCUGGGGCCCAAAGCACUCCGCAAACACAACGACUACGUCGUCCAUCAGUGUUAGCGCUCUGUUGGCGUCGCCAUUAGUGUGGCAAGCCUUGGCUAGGUUGUACUUCGCGAUGGCGACUUUGCGAUGCUGGGCGCCGUACACGCGCUCCAGGAUGGCGAUGGCGCGCUCGAGCACCUCCUGCUUCCGCCGCGAAUCGCCCACGAACCCGUACGCGGCGCCCAGAUUCACGAGGAUGUCCGCUGCCUCGGGGCUCUCGCGCCCAUGCACCAGCUGCAUCGUCUUCAGGGACUCCUCUAGCAGUUCGCACUCGAUCCCCUACUCGAUGCCUCGCGUACUCACCGUGAUGGCCCAAACACAUACCCAACUGCGCCUGCACCCUGGCGGUGUCUGCCGGCGGAGCGCUGGCAUCCGAGACCCGGAUGGCGAGCGCACGCUCCAGCAGGCGGCGCUGUUCCUCGAAGUCACCGCACGAGGCACAGGCGUUGCUCAGGUUGGCCAACGCGCUCGCCACCUGCUGGUCCCCCGGCCCGAGGAGGGCCUCCUUGGCGAGGAGCGACUCCUGCAGCAGCUCGCGCUGUCGGCGGUGAUCGCCCACGCUGCCGCACGCGCUGGCCAGGUUCCCCAGCACGGCAGCCCCAUCAGCUGGGCGUCCCUUGGCAGAUGACCCUCUGGGCCCCCGACGCCGUCCUCUCUCUCCGACAGCGCGGCCAGCGCGGCCUCGCCCAGCUGCACGGCCAGCGGCCCCUCGUACGCGUGCCCGCACGUCGGGCAGGCGUCGUCCCACCAGCGCCCGCGGGCCCUCGACGCCUCCAGCGCGCACGAGGCGUGCACCAGCGCCACGAUCCCCGGCACGGGCAAGGGCUGAUCAGCGGCUCGUCGCCAGCGUCAAGGCAGAAGCGGCAGAGCAGAGACCCGCGGCCCGCCAUGCCCUAACGCGCCAAGCGAGCGACCGUCGUCAGCCAAGCGGACUGCCAGGGAAAAGGCAGCCCACGGGCUUCAGCCAAGCUUGCUAACGCCUCCUCCUUCUCCCCAUCCACUGAGAUCUCCUGC